AUCCUCAUUCGGUGUUUUUUAGCCGCACUGCUAAAACGGAGUUGCACAAAAACGCGAAAAUCCCUAAUAAAUUGUGCAUUCCCCCAACUAAAAAUUGUGUAAUUAGUGAAAUAAUAGUGUUCACUAAGAAAAUAACAAAAAAUGUUUGAAAACGAUGAUGAGCAAUACGAGGAGGAAGAUGCGGAGGAGAUUUCGCAUGAGUUGUGGCAGGAAGCCUGCUGGAUUGUUAUCAACGCAUACUUCGAUGAAAAAGGUCUCGUUCGGCAGCAACUCGACAGCUUUGAUGAAUUCAUUCAGAUGUCUGUGCAGCGGAUUGUGGAGGAUUCCCCAGCAAUAGAUCUUCAAGCGGAGGCUCAGCACACAUCCGGAGAAAUUGAGACUCCGCCGAGAUUUCUGCUAAAAUUCGAUCAAAUUUAUUUGUCGAAACCGACACACUGGGAGAAAGAUGGAUCUCCUAGUCCGAUGAUGCCAAACGAGGCUCGUCUCCGGAACCUGACCUAUUCAGCUCCACUCUAUGUGGAUAUUACAAAAACAAAGAUAGUUGAAGGUCAGGAUCCCAUUGAGACGCAGCACCAAAAGACAUUUAUUGGAAAGAUUCCAAUAAUGUUGCGAUCAACUUAUUGUUUGCUCAGUCAAUUGACAGAUCGUGACUUGACUGAAUUGAAUGAGUGUCCACUGGAUCCAGGUGGAUAUUUCAUUAUUAACGGAUCUGAGAAGGUCCUGAUAGCACAGGAGAAAAUGGCUACAAAUACGGUUUACGUGUUUAGUUUGAAGGAUGGAAAGUAUGCCUAUAAGGCAGAAAUUAGAUCGUGUCUAGAGCAUAGUUCUCGGCCGACUUCCACUCUUUGGGUGAAUAUGAUGGCCCGAGGUGGUCAGAGUAUCAAAAAAUCUGCUAUAGGGCAGAGAAUUAUUGCCAUUCUGCCGUAUAUCAAGCAAGAGAUUCCCAUAAUGAUUGUCUUUCGUGCAUUGGGAUUUGUGGCUGAUCGGGAUAUUCUUGAGCAUAUUAUUUACGAUUUUGACGAUCCUGAGAUGAUGGAAAUGGUAAAGCCAUCUCUGGAUGAGGCCUUUGUGGUGCAGGAGCAGAAUGUGGCUCUGAAUUUUAUUGGGGCAAGAGGUGCAAGGCCUGGUGUGACCAAGGAGAAGCGUAUAAAGUACGCUAAGGAAAUUUUGCAGAAAGAAAUGUUGCCCCAUGUGGGAGUUUCUGAUUUCUGUGAGACCAAGAAGGCCUACUUCCUGGGUUAUAUGGUUCAUCGGUUGCUCCUGGCUGCACUGGGACGCCGUGAAUUGGAUGAUCGUGAUCACUAUGGGAACAAGCGUUUGGAUCUUGCAGGUCCACUGCUUGCUUUCCUCUUCCGGGGAUUAUUUAAGAAUCUCAUGAAGGAAGUUCGAAUGUAUGCUCAGAAGUUUAUUGAUCGCGGGAAAGAUUUCAAUUUGGAGCUUGCCAUUAAGACAAAGAUCAUUACUGAUGGUUUGAGGUAUUCCCUGGCCACGGGUAAUUGGGGUGAUCAGAAGAAGGCCCAUCAGGCACGUGCAGGAGUGUCUCAAGUGUUGAAUAGGCUCACCUUUGCCUCUACCCUUUCCCAUUUGCGUCGUGUAAAUUCUCCCAUUGGAAGAGAUGGUAAACUGGCCAAACCGCGUCAGCUCCACAAUACACUCUGGGGCAUGAUUUGUCCAGCAGAAACUCCCGAAGGAGCUGCUGUAGGAUUAGUCAAAAAUCUCGCCUUGAUGGCCUACAUCUCCGUUGGAUCUCAACCUUCGCCGAUCCUUGAGUUCUUGGAGGAAUGGUCAAUGGAAAAUCUCGAAGAGAUUGCACCAUCGGCAAUUGCCGAUGCCACAAAGAUCUUUGUAAAUGGUUGCUGGGUAGGAAUACAUCGGGAUCCGGAACAGUUGAUGGCAACUCUGAGAAAACUUCGUCGACAAAUGGACAUUAUUGUGUCGGAAGUGUCUAUGAUUCGGGAUAUUAGGGAUAGAGAGAUUCGUAUCUAUACCGAUGCUGGUCGAAUCUGUAGGCCCUUGCUGAUUGUGGAGAAUGGGAAUCUUCUGCUCAAAAAGACUCACACGGAUAUGCUAAAAGAGAGGGAAUACAAUAACUACGGUUGGCAAGUGUUAGUGGCUAGUGGCGUUGUGGAGUACAUUGAUACGCUCGAAGAGGAGACAGUGAUGAUUGCAAUGUCGCCGUACGAUCUCAAACAGGAUAAAGAGAAUGCCUACUGUACUACUUACACUCACUGUGAAAUUCAUCCGGCCAUGAUUUUGGGAGUUUGUGCCUCUAUUAUUCCCUUCCCGGAUCACAAUCAGAGUCCCAGGAACACCUACCAGAGUGCUAUGGGGAAACAAGCCAUGGGUGUCUACAUAACAAACUUCCACGUGAGAAUGGACACACUUGCUCACGUGCUUUACUAUCCCAUGAAACCCCUUGUAACCACAAGAUCCAUGGAGUAUCUGCGUUUCAGAGAAUUGCCAGCUGGCAUUAAUUCAAUUGUAGCCAUUCUCUGCUACACUGGCUACAACCAAGAAGACAGUGUCAUUCUCAAUGCUUCGGCAGUUGAGAGAGGUUUCUUCCGAUCUGUUUUCUAUCGCUCCUACAAGGAUUCCGAGAACAAACGUAUUGGUGAUCAGGAGGAGCAAUUUGAGAAGCCAAAUAGACAAACUUGUCAAGGCAUGAGAAAUGCUCUGUAUGACAAAUUGGAUGAUGAUGGAAUAAUUGCACCGGGAAUAAGAGUAUCAGGAGAUGAUGUUGUAAUUGGGAAGACAAUAACUCUGCCCGAGAAUGAUGAUGAAUUGGAUGGGACAACAAAGAGAUUUAGGAAGAGAGAUGCGUCGACAUUUUUGAGGAAUUCUGAGACGGGAAUUGUGGAUCAGGUGAUGUUGACACUGAAUAGUGAAGGAUACAAAUUUUGUAAGAUUCGUGUGAGAUCUGUGAGAAUUCCACAGAUUGGAGAUAAAUUUGCCUCGAGGCACGGGCAGAAGGGUACUUGUGGGAUUCAGUACAGACAGGAAGAUAUGCCGUUUACGUGUGAGGGAAUUACUCCUGAUAUUAUUAUCAAUCCUCAUGCUAUUCCCUCUCGUAUGACAAUUGGGCAUUUGAUUGAGUGCUUACAGGGGAAAUUGGGGUCAAAUAAAGGUGAAAUUGGUGAUGCUACGCCAUUCAAUGAUGCUGUCAAUGUGCAGAAGAUCUCUACCUUUCUGCAGGAGUACGGAUAUCAUUUGCGUGGAAAUGAGGUUAUGUACAAUGGACAUACGGGUAGGAAGAUCAAUGCCCAGGUUUUCUUGGGGCCAACCUACUACCAACGUCUGAAGCACAUGGUGGACGAUAAGAUUCACUCUAGAGCCCGAGGACCGGUGCAGAUUCUCGUGAGGCAGCCCAUGGAGGGAAGGGCUCGCGAUGGAGGAUUGCGUUUUGGAGAGAUGGAACGUGAUUGUCAAAUUGCCCAUGGGGCAGCUCAAUUCCUCAGGGAGAGGCUAUUUGAGGUGUCUGAUCCCUAUAGGAUUCACGUUUGCAACUUUUGCGGAUUGAUUGCCAUUGCAAAUCUCCGGAAUAAUACCUUUGAGUGCAAAGGAUGCAAAAAUAAGACUCAGAUCUCUCAAGUUCGGCUCCCAUAUGCAGCUAAGUUGCUGUUCCAGGAGCUGAUGUCCAUGAAUAUUGCUCCGAGAUUAAUGGUGGAGUAGAGAUUACUUUCCGUUGGAGUGCUGUUUUCAGUUUCAUUUUCAACAAGUAAGUUUUUUAUCUAAAAUAGAAUUAUUGCAGCAAAAAUUCAGUAAUUUGAUAUUAGCAUAAGAAGAGAAAGAAAGAGUUUCUGAAGUUGGUAAUCUGGUAUUCCUGGAUGUUCAGAAAUUUUGUAUUCUUAGAUAAAAUUGAAUAAUAAAAUUAAUUCAUUUUUAAAAUUCGAAAAAGGCAAA